AUGGCUGAGAACGGCGGGCCGGAACCUCCUCGGAAGCGUCGAAUUGGUGUCAUGACCAGUGGAGGUGACUCUCCCGGCAUGAAUGGAGCUGUCCGAGCUGUGGUUCGUAUGUCCAUCUACAGAGGCUGCGAGGCCUAUGCGAUCUACGAAGGCUAUGAAGGGCUUGUCCAAGGUGGAGAUUUGAUCAAAGAAAUGAGGUGGGAAGAUGUCCGUGGAUACUUGUCUCGUGGGGGAACUCUCAUCGGCACCGCAAGAUGUAUGGCCUUUUUCGAAAGACCAGGAAGAUUAAAAGCUGCCAAAAACAUGGUCAUUCGGGGGAUUGAUGCUCUGGUCAUCUGUGGUGGUGAUGGCAGUUUGACUGGUGCGGACAAGUUCCGAGCAGAAUGGCCAAGUUUGCUCAAAGAGCUGGUGGACACUGGUGAAUUGAAACGAGAAGAGGUGGAACCUUACCAACACCUCAACAUUGUCGGCCUUGUCGGUUCCAUCGACAACGACAUGUCCGGAACUGAUGCCACCAUCGGCUGCUACUCCUCCCUCGAACGCAUUUGCUCUGCUGUCGAUGACGUCUUCGAUACCGCUUCUUCUCACCAACGAGGAUUCGUCAUUGAAGUGAUGGGCCGGCAUUGCGGUUGGCUCGCUCUCAUGGCGGCGAUAGCCACCGGGGCCGAUUUCGUCUUCAUUCCCGAAAAGCCACCCCGAGUGGGUUGGGAAGAUCAAAUGUGUGACAUUAUUGCCAAACAUAGAUCUCGAGGCAAGAGAAGGUCAAUUGUCAUCAUCGCCGAGGGUGCCCACGAUAUUGAAUUGAAGAAGAUCACAGCCAACCAGGUCAAGGACCUUUUGAGUACCAAACUCAAGUUGGACACCCGAGUCACCGUCCUCGGACACACACAACGAGGAGGACAGGCGUGCUUCUAUGAUCGGUGGCUGUCCACCUUGCAAGGUGUUGAAGCCGUGAAUGCCGUCCUUGAUGCGACUCCCGAGACUCCCACCCCGGUCAUUACGAUUCGCGAAAACAAAAUUGAACGAUCCAAUUUGAUGGAAGCGGUGGCAUUGACCAAAUCCGUCGCUGCUGCCAUUCAAGCGAAAGAUUUCGAUAAGGCGAUGCUCCUUCGAGACGUCGAAUUCAAGGAAUACUACCACAGUUACAUGAUCACCACAUAUACCGACCAUCCCAAACUACGUCUCCCGGAAGAGAAGAGAAUGCGAAUUGCCAUCAUCCAUGUCGGAGCCCCAGCAGGGGGCAUGAAUCCAGCCACGCGAGCUGCUGUAGCUUAUUGCUUGACCCGAGGUCACACUCCCGUGGCCAUUCACAAUGGCUUUCCCGGCUUGCAACGUCACCAUGAUGACAAACCGCUCGGAUCCGUUCGUGAGUGUAAAUGGAUUGAUGUGGACCCCUGGGUGAACGAAGGGGGUUCAGAGAUCGGUACAAACCGUGGUCUCCCCAGUGCCGAUAUGAAGAAAACCGCCGAAUGCUUCGAACUGUACAAAUUCGAUGCGUUGUUCCUCAUCGGUGGAUUCGAGGCAUUCACCGCAGCCAGUGAACUCAGAAAAGCAAGAGCCGAAUACUCCGUGUUUAAGAUUCCAUUGAUUGUCUUGCCGGCCACGGUCUCGAAUAAUGUCCCUGGAACCGAGUAUUCCCUGGGCAGCGAUACGUGCCUCAACACACUGAUCAACUUUUGCGAUGCCAUCCGACAGUCAGCUUCCUCAUCAAGAAGACGAGUCUUCGUUAUUGAAACACAAGGGGGUCGAUCCGGAUAUCUGGCCACAAUGGCUGGCCUGUCGGUGGGCGCGUUGGCGGUCUACAUUCCCGAAGAAGGAAUCAAUAUUCACAUGAUAGCCCGGGACAUUGAAUUCUUGAGAGAAAAUUUCCGAAAUGACCAAGGAGCGUCACGAGCAGGUAAGAUCAUCCUUCGAAAUGAACGAGCUAGUCAGACAUACACCACUCAAGUGAUUGCCGAUAUGAUCAGAGAAGAAGCUCGAGGUCGGUUUGAAUCAAGAGCGGCGGUACCGGGUCAUUAUCAGCAGGGCGGGAAACCCUCGCCGAUGGAUCGAAUAAGAGCCCUCCGAAUGGCGAUCAAGUGUAUGCAGCACAUCGAGGAUAGAUAUACCGGCAAGUCCAAGGGAUACAUUGCGGAUGAUCCUUUGUCCGUGUCCGUCAUCGGUAUUCAAGGUUCCGAAGUUGUCUUUACUCCUUUGGGAGGAGAGACAGGGUUAGAAGCAACUGGAACAGAUUGGGCAGAUCGAAGACCCAAGAAUGAAUUCUGGAUGAAGAUGAAGGACACAGUGGAUAUUCUCAGUGGACGACCCAAACUCGGGGAUUGUUGUGAGGAAUGCGGCAAACCUUUGUCUGGGGAAACUCUAAGGCCAGUCCUCUCGAAGCAGUAG